UACCCGGAUAAAGGUUGGAUGGAGGAGUGUCGAAAAGCGGGCUUAGUGGCUCUGAUAGCAGCUAAACACGGUAGCGAGGAAGACAAUUUUUGUACUGCGGCUUAAGAAAUUACUUGUGAAGAAAUUAAAAUGGCUGGCGGUAAGGCUGGGAAAGACUCCGGAAAGACCAAGACAAAGGCUAUUUCGCGCUCUCAGAGAGCAGGACUUCAGUUCCCCGUGGGUCGAAUCCACAGACACCUGAAGUCCAGAACCACCAGCCACGGCAGAGUGGGAGCCACAGCGGCGGUGUACAGCGCCGCCAUCCUCGAGUACCUCACCGCCGAGGUUCUGGAGUUGGCAGGAAAUGCGUCGAAAGACCUGAAGGUGAAGAGAAUCACUCCACGCCACUUGCAGCUCGCCAUCAGGGGAGACGAGGAGCUGGAUUCUCUGAUUAAAGCCACCAUCGCUGGUGGAGGUGUUAUUCCUCACAUCCACAAGUCUCUGAUUGGAAAGAAGGGCCAGCAGAAGACCGUAUAACCUGAGGAGCUCCGUCGUGCCGUCUCAGGAUUACAGUCCGCAUUCAGUGGUUAAAUGUCUUAGAUUCAAACACAUUUAGGAUUUUUAUGGUUGAGCUUGCAUUUACUCAUGACUUUUGUUUUUCUUCCCCCAAGUGGCUUCAGAGAAGCUUUAUUUUUUCCUUCUUCUGGUGCUGCAGUUUGUUUUUGUUUAAAUCCAGCUUUUGUGGCAUUCCCAUGUUUAAGUGGUGUUUUAAUAAAGCCCUCCUG